AUGUCCGUUUACCAAUCCCCCAGCCAGGGCCACCCGGGUCAUUCGGCGUCGUCGCGUUCGUUCCCCGCCUACAACCCUGUCGCUGCCGUCACCGCACCCGCGGGGACAUUCCUACCCGGAACCAAAGUCCAAUGCGGCAGUCACCGUGUGGUGGUGGAGAAGUAUCUAUCCGAGGGCGGCUUUGCUCACGUUUACGUCGUGCGACUACCUCAACCGGUCAAUGGCUCGGAGACGGCGGUUCUAAAACGAGUCGCGGUGCCCGAUAAGUCGGCCCUGGGCAACAUGCGCACCGAGGUGGAGACCAUGAAGAAGCUCAAAGGCCACCGGCACAUCGUCAGGUAUAUUGAUUCGCACGCCUCCCAGCUGCGCGGCGGUGGAUAUGAGGUCUUCCUGCUCAUGGAGUUCUGCGGCGGUGGUGGUCUGAUUGACUUUAUGAACACUCGGCUGCAGAAUCGCCUCACAGAGCCCGAGAUCAUCAAAAUCUUCUCUGACGUGUCCGAAGGAGUCGCAUGCAUGCAUUAUUUGAAGCCGCCGCUGCUGCAUCGAGACCUGAAGGUGGAAAACAUCCUGAUCUCGCGCUCAGGAAGCUCUUCCUGCUACAAGCUAUGUGACUUUGGAUCCUCGGCUCCUCCCCGUCCUGCAGCUAAGUCGGCUGCCGAAGGUCGCUUGAUUGAAGACGAUGUACAGCGCCACACAACCAUGCAAUACCGUAGCCCAGAGAUGAUCGACGUGUACCGCAAGCAACCAAUUGAUGAAAAGAGCGAUAUCUGGGCCCUUGGUGUGCUUUUGUACAAAUUAUGUUACUAUACGACCCCCUUCGAAGAGGUUGGCCAGAUGGCUAUCCUCAACGCAAGCUACAAAUUCCCCGCGUACCCGAAAUUCUCAGAUCGGUUGAAGGUGCUGAUCGCAUCGAUGCUCAAGGAGAACCCGCAGAAGCGUCCAAAUAUCUAUCAAGUGGUUAAUGAAGUGUGUCAAAUGCAAGGGAAGGAGGUCCCAAUCAAAGAUAUUUAUGCCAAUCGCUCCGUCUCCGAAGUGCGUCGGAACCAAGAGCUUCCUCCUACGCCAACAGAAGCUCCGGCAGUGGGUGCAACAUUCUCGCCUCCCAUGCAAGAAACUCAGAUCAUCCCCGAGAUUGCGCCUAUGCGGAGAGGACGACCCGGCAGGCCCGAAUCAUCGCAACAUAACUCCGCCAAACCGAGUCCCUCUCCAUUCCGCGGUGGCUCAAAGACUUCUUCACAUGAUCCAUUUUCCGCACUGGAUGGAGGUGUUGCCCAAAGGAAGAAGACCGCGGACGAAUUGUCUCAGCGUUUCCCCUCAUUAGAUCAAUUUGAUAUCUUGCAUGAGAAAGGAGACAAGUUUGACUUUGAGUCAACGGUCAAAGAGUCCAAAUCAGAAGAUGAGGACCUCUCUCAAAGACUUACCAAUGCUUUGGCGGACGAGGCCUUCGGGCGUCGAUCUUCCCCUGAACGUAAGGAGCCCAUUGUUUCACGACAAUCCCAAGCGUCGCCCGUGCGGGGACAGAGCUCUCCAGAAGUCUCCUCUCGACAAAAUGCACCGCUAUAUCAGCCUACUCCUAAGCGGCCCGCAAUGAUCUCCACGGGUACCAUGACUUCGCCUUCACAAACUCCUCGUUUACAGGAAUCCAAUAUCUCAAGUCGCCCAAUAUACCGCUUUCCGCCAUCGGAUGCCGAGCAACGACCUUCCAGUCAGUCACGGAAUGAGGAUGGCCAGAAGCUUUCGCCUUAUAAAGCACCUUCUCCUCCCUCAUCUAAUUUGAGGCCCGAGGCAAGCCCGCGGCUGUCUUCUGACAGGUUAUCUCACCAUUCCACUUCUGCACGCCCCUCCAUGGAGACUCUGCGACGGCCGUCUGGACUGGAGGCAUCUGACCCUGUUAGCCGGUCCAAAUCAGCAGUUGCCAAGGCUCGCCCUGUCUCAGUUCAAGCAGCGACUCGGCAUGAUUUGUCGCGGGACUCGGAGACCUCGCGGUCCUCGCUGGAUCUUUCACAUAUGCAAUACGAAGGCGGUUCUGCAUUACGGCCGGUGCGCACAGAGGUAGAUCAAAGCUAUGACCGUGCCAACAUUUCCUCAGAUAUGGACUACCUCAGAGUCAAAGAGGAAGAAAGCAGCCGAAAGCGUGAAAAGCGCUUAAGUGGCGGGUCCAAACAUGCCAAACGUGGCAGCCUGUCUUCUUUGUCACUUUCAGGGGGCAAAACCUUGUUUGCUGGCCGAUUUGGUGAUGCUUUCCGCCGGUUCGAGAGCAGCAAUCAGGACAAACCUCGCACUCCAACCGCAGAGGAGUCACAGUAUCAACAAGGUCUGAUCAGCGAUACUGAGGCUUUGGAAUCACCACCUGUAGACGGUCUGUCCGCAUACGGAGAAGAUGUCUUAGAAGAUGCUGAUCGUGAUGACAUAUCACCUGAGAUGCGCCGCGAGCUGGAGCGCCGCCGGCUCUCCCAGGAGGAGAAGCGGGUGGCCAGCGCUGCUGCCGAAUACCGGCGCCGAGUCGCUGAAGGCGAGGCCAGUGGCCAACAACGUUCUCGUGCAAUUCAAAACCGAGUCCAGAAUCUGCUGGGCGAGUCCAAGAAGCCGCCGGCUGCCCCCAAAACAGCAACCGGCUAUGGAAGAUACACCGACACCACCGCUUUGCAGGCAAAGCCAGAUGCAGAUAACCAAUCUCCUGCCUCAGAUACCGCGCCCAUUUCCCGUGCCCCGGGUCCUGUCUAUGGUGCCGCUGCCCGUAAGGGGGUCAUGGCACCCCCAGACCGUCGUGAAGGCGCCAGUGCUCCUGCAGAGCUUUCUUCCCUUAAUACCUCCACCUCCACGGGUUAUUCGUCUGCCGCCCGGCCUGCUUCCCGGCCUGCGGCUCCGCCCAAACCCAAGAAUUUACGUAUGAGUGCACCAGACACCUCUCGGCCCAGCACCAGCCAAGACCGCAGUCCUUCCAUCCAAGCCACCCCGACUAGCCCUGGGGAGGACUGGGAGGCCAACUUUAGUCGGCGAUUUCCCAGUCUCUCUGGCUUGGAGAUGGAAACGGAGAUUGAAAUUCCGAAAUACCCCAAGCUCCGAACCCGAGAGGUGUAA